AUGGUGUUGAUGACUUCGACUUCCCUUGGAAGUCCACUUUUCAUUGGCAACUCUGCCACCAUUUUCCAAAAGCUCAAUGAUUCUCUUGACCAACUCGGCCUCCUCCUUCUUCUGCUUGACCUCCAACGAUUGUCCACCUCUCUUGGUGAUCUUGUCAAUACCUUCCAAAUGCUUCUUGGCAAAUUCAAUGUCUUUCAAUCUCAAUUCAUCGUGGACAAUUUCCAAGUCAUUGAAUGGGUUGACUUCGUCAUUGAUAUGAAUGAUGUCUGCAUCGUCGAAACUUCUCACCAUUUGGAAAAUAGCAUCGACAGCUCUAAUAUUGGCCAAGAAAUUGUUACCCAAUCCUUCACCAGAGUGAGCACCUUUAGUCAAUCCAGCAAUAUCAUAUACGGUCAUGUAGGCACGGACCUCACUUUUGGGCUUGUACAUGUCACACAACUUCUCGAAACGUGA